UAGGUUCUCAAAACAAACCCCAAUCUGUCGGUUCGACACAACGUCGAGAGACCGACAGAAAGGGAACUAUAUACAUUUACCAUAUUCGCACCUUGUCGCGAUCAGUUGCCUAAUAAAUGUUUAUUGCCAAACAUUUUGCCUCCCGAGUCUUUCUGGUAGAAAUGUAAGCUUAAGCGCAAGUUCUGUCAGGAAGACUCAAUCUUGCUUCACUCACCACGUAUAGACUCAACCAAUCAUCACCUAACCAAUCACCAUCUAACACUGGAAUAUACAAGAUCGCCACUUACCCUCUGUUUGCGUUUGUAGUUGAAGCAGCAGACAUUCACCCCCAUCCUCCCCACCACCACCAGGAUGGUCCCUGUCCAUUAACCACAGGGGGGUUGGCUGCACCCCUGCCUCCAUCUCAGGCAGGAAGGACAGGGCCUACGCCAAAGAACUAUAUACAUUUACCAUAUUCGCAUCUUGUCGCGAUCAGUUGCCUAAUAAAAUGUUUAUUGCAAAAUAGGGUUGUUCCGAUUCCAAUACCAGUAUCGGAAAAGCUGCCGAUACCACAAAAAAGUCUGGCAUCGGUAUCGGCGAGUACUUGAAUCCAUGUACCGAUCCGAUACCAUUUUCUUAAAUAAAGACCUAGCUAUGCCCGCUAGCUUUGUUUAACGCUGCAAAUCGGAAACCAAUUCUUCUUCGCUGCUCAGAACGCAAACACAGGAAGUGCGUGUCGCCAUAGGCAGCCACUGUUCGGAGCAGCGAAGAAGAAACGGAAAAAAAAACACGCUACCAGCAGUAUGUCUGCUGUUUGGCAAUAUUUCAAAAUUGACCAACCAGCCAGUAAAACAGCGACAUGUCUCAUAUGCCAUUCUGCAAUUUCGAGGGGUGGCACAAGUAUUAGCAACUUUAACACGAGUAACUCAAUAAAGCAUUUGAAGACGCGUCACCCCGAAGAACACGAUAGCUACACAAAUGCUAGGAGGACAGAGAAGGAUGAACCACGUAAGAAUCAACAAACUUUGGAAGCUUCAUUCCAACGAAGGGAAAAGUUUUCGAAAGACAGCGAGCGAGCGAGCGAUAAAGAUAACCGACAAAAUCAUAGAGUUUAUUGUUCUGGAUGACCAGCCACUGUCAGUCGUCGAAAACGUGGGAUUUUGCUGCUUAAUUGAACAUUUGGAGCCCCGGUACAGUUUGCCUGGUCGCAAAUACAUCUCUGAAACAGCGCUCCCUGAACUAUAUGAGACGGUGCGUGAACACAUUUCAUGUCAACUAAAAGAUGUGCAAACAAUCAGCUUUACGACCGACAUUUGGAGCAGUGACGCGGCACCGCUGUCUUUACUAAGUUUGACAGCACACUGGGUGGACACAGUGACCCCGUCAUCUUUUACUCUUCAAAGUGCAGUGCUGCAAGCUAACGAGUUUCGUGGGUCACACACCGGCACAUCCAUAGCUGAAUCAAUUGAGGGGAUGCUUGUGAAGUGGAAUAUCUCUAAGUCCCGUGUUCAUGUUAUUUUGCGCGACAACACAAGAAACAUGAAAAAAGCUAUGGCCGAGAUGGGUGUGUCGAGUUUGGGCUGCUUCGCACACUCUCUACAACUUGUGGUUCACGAAGGCCUUUUAUCACAGAGAAGUGUGAGUGAUGCGCUGGCAAACUGUAGGAAGAUAAUAGGCCAUUUCAAACACUCGCCAUUGGCAACAACGCGCCUGGAGGAUAUUCAGAAGGAUCUAAAAAUGCCCACCAAACGGUUGCAACAAGAUGUAGUGACGAGGUGGAACAGUACUUUUUAUAUGGUAGAGAGAAUUCUUGAGCAGAAGCGGCCGAUUUCAGCAUACGGAGCUGAUCACGACCUGCCAGCCACACUGACAGCCAACCAGUGGGCUUUGCUGGAAAAAACUGUCACUGUUUUGGCACCAUUUGAGGAACUGACCAAGCAGAUUAGCUCCUCCACCUCGUCUGUAGCGGAAGUCAUCCCCUCAGUUACAGUUCUAAAACGUGCAACUUGCUCGGGAGAGCCAGGAGGACAGCGGUAUAAAAACAAUGAAAACUACCCUUCUUGAGGCCAUCGAGAAACGAUCGCAACCAUCGAAGAAGAGACUUUGUAUGCAGUUGCAUCUCUCUUGGAUCCACAUUUCAAAGACAGAUACCUCUCAAGUGCAGACAACAUCAAGCAUGCUAAGGAUGCUCUGACAGUAGAGAUGGAGAAGAUUGAGAAGUCACUGAAAAUGACCACCACAACUGUAGCAGAGACAAUAGUAGAAAACCCCAAGAAAACUCCACGAAUGGAAGUGCAGGUAGGCGGCAGCAGCAGCAGAGAGGGUAGCUUGAAGGGCCUGUUUGAAGAAAUCCUGCAGGAGCAUGACGAGGAACAUGGCGCAGGUACUACAAGCACACAUGUUCAACUUCAGACAUAUUUGAUGGAGCAAACUAUCUCACGCUCAGAAAGCCCAUUCCAGUACUGGGCAGUCAACAAAGUUCGGUUUCCCACUCUGGCUGCUACUGCUGCAAAGUUUCUCUGCGCCCCUGCUACCAGUGUGGACAGUGAGAGACUGUUCAGCACAGCAUCUAACAUUGUGGAUGCAAGGAGAAACAGACUAAGAGGAGAGAGAGCAGAAAUGCUCAUUUUCCUGAAGAAGAACUUGCCGUUGUUAUUGAAAUUAUGAGCAUAUUGUUACAGCAGUGUUUAACCAAGUUUAAGUUACUUGUUGAUUGAGUCUUAAGUUGUUCAGUUGAGGUUUAUUUGUGUACUCUAAUACUCAAGUCUCUGGCUGCACUGGCUGCACUUCGUGUCUUUAGAGGACUACUUAGAUUGAGUAAGAGUUGCUGUUGCACUUUUUUGUACUUUUGUAUUUAAAGACUCAAAAGCAUUUUAUUGAACAAAAUUGUUCCUGCACUUUGAAGCUUUAAAGAGAUUCUCUUAUAUUACUCAUUUUUUUAUAUUCCUAGAUUUAUUUGUUGCACUGUUUUUAUACAGUUAUACAGAUUUGUGUCUGCAUUUGAAGUUCUUUUUCACUCAAGAAAAAGAUAUUAAUAAAUAAUAAUAAUACUGCCAAAUGUAUGUCAGAUAAUAAAAAAACACUCUAGUUCACUGUAUGUAUUUGUUAAUGUUUUCAAAGGAUAAGUCUGAAGCACACCAUAAAAUAAUUCUAUCAAUUCAUACAGGGCUAGCAGUAUAUACAGAUACACACCCUGGUAUCGGAUCAGUACUCGGUAUCGGCCGAUACCCUGAGCCCAGGUAUCGGAAUCGGUAUCGGGAAGGGAAAAAGGGUAUCGGAACAUCCCUAUUGCCAAACAUUUUGCCUCCCGAGUAUUUCUGGUAGAACCUAUCAUCUCCGAGAAGAAUUUUAAAAAGCCAAUGGGCUUGGCGAAUGGCACACGCAUGCCAGUCCCUGCCCCGUGCAUACGGGUAUAAAAGGGAGAUGGCGGCGGCCAUUCACUCAUCUUUUGGGCUAAGGAACCUGAGAAGCAUCUCCCAGUCGCUGCAGAGGGUCAGCGAAGCGUUGUGGCAUGAAGACACUGCGUCUCGUUCCCUCCAUCGGGGAACGGAGGUCACAGUCAUAACCAAGACGUUCCCCUUCAGUCGGUCUCUCGACUUUGUGUUGAAAGACAGACUGGGGACCUAUCUUUACACGCCACGGCGCUGAGCCGUAUCACGCUCCUCCAGCGGAGUGACACUGACCGGACUAGCGAGUCACCAGUGAGCGCUACCGCGAAGUGUAAUCUUCCAGUGGGAUCAGUACUUAGUAGCAUAUCCUGAGAGGCUCGUACCGACGGCCAUCACGGACGGUGGCAUUCAUCUCUAUUAGCGAGACGCCGCCCGGCGCCAUAAGUGACACUGGGAAAACACUGCUCUCCUCGUUGAAGAGUGUGUUACGGAGGCCACAUCCUACCACAAGGGGAGGUUACAUGUGGAGACACCAACAUGGUCUCACCAGUGGGGAGAACAACAUGUGAGAAAAUUGUGCCAGCCCGAAUAGGGGGGACAGAACCCCGGUGGGGUAAUCCACCGGAGUGGAGGUCACAGAUUCACCGACAGGGGAACCAACAGUGAGGAAUUCAACAUACGGGACGACCCUGUAGGGGAGUCACUAUGUAUGGGGCAACAGUCCGAGUAUAGGGGUCCACCUGAGCAGGGGUGACUCUACCAGUACUGGACUUGGUUGCAACAGAUCGCUCUGCCCGAUCUGUUACCACAAUUGCCAAUGCUUAGUGAUGGAUGGAAUGCCUGUACUUCGCCCUAAGGGCGAAUCUAACGCAAGUAAAUUAUGGAUUACCUCAGGGAUCGGUUUUAGGACCCUUACUAUUCUCCAUAUACAUGCUGCCCCUUGGAAACAUUAUUAGAAAACAUGGAAUUAGCUUCCACUGUUAUGCAUAUGAUACUCAGCUAUAUAUCUCAUCAAGACCAGAUGAUUCCUUCCAACUAUCCAAAUUGGCAGAGUGCAUCGACGAUAUAAAGCAUUGGAUGAUUUGUAAUUUCCUUCUUUUAAAUUCUAAUAAAACAGAAAUAUUACUUAUCGGACCAAAGACACGUGAGCAGAAUAUUUCGGAUUAUAACCUGCAAAUUGAAGGCUGCACUGUUACUCCAACAAAUACAGUUAAAGACCUCGGCGUUAUAUUAGACAGCAACCUGUCAUUUAAAAAUCACAUCUCAAAUGUCACAAAAACAGCCUUCUUCCACCUUAAAAUGUUGCCAAAUUGCGAAAAAUUUUAUGUGUGGCUGACGCAGAGAAGCUUAUUCAUGCAUUUGUGACCUCAAGACUUGACUACUGUAAUGCACUGCUUAGUGGUUGUCCUGCAGCAUCAAUAAACAAACUACAGUUAGUUCAGAAUGCAGCUGCCAGAGUUCUAACCAGGUCCAGAAAAUACGAUCACAUAACCCCAAUGUUAUCAACCCUUCACUGGUUACCCAUUAAGUAUCGUAUUGACUUUAAAGUUCUUUUAAUUACUUAUAAAGCCUUGAACGGUUUAGCCCCUACCUACAUAACAGAGCUUCUACCACACUACAACCCAUCAUGCUCUCUAAGAUCUCAAAACUCCAGACUUUUGAUAACACCUAGAAUAACUAAAUCCACCAAAGGGGGUAGAGCUUUCUCAUACGUAGCACCUAAACUCUGGAAUAGCCUUCCCAAUUCUAUUCGAGGGUCAGACACACUCUCCCAAUUUAAAUCUAGAUUAAAGACACAUCUUUUCAGCCAAGCAUUCACUAAUACAUAGCUAAUGAACAGCAGCAAUGCUAAUUAUUCUCUUUCUGCCCUCGCCUCAGG